AUGGUUACGGGUGAUAAAAGAUCAAACUACUUCCCUAAUGUGGACUUUUUUGGCUCUCGUUUCGGCUCUUUUUUUCAGGUGAACCUGCCCCGGGCGCUGCUCAUCGCCGUCUCCCUGGUAACCGGCCUCUACCUGAUGGUCAACGUCAGCUACCUGAGCGCCAUGACGCCCCGAGAGAUGCUGUCCUCCGGGGCCGUGGCCGUCACCUGGGGCUGGGGGAGCGGAGGGUACCUGGUACCGCUCGGUUCUGACCCGGCCUCUGCCCAGGUGCUGGUGCCGGUGAUUGAUGGAGGAUUGAUGGAUGGAGUGCUGGUGCUGGUCCCGUUCCGGGGCGCGGCCCUCCGGGUGGUGCACGCGCUCAUCGGCCUGCUGGAGGCCGGGGGCCGGGGGGUGGAGGUCAGCAACAAGAAGAAGUUCAAGCAGGAGUUCGGCGAGGAGGCGGAGCCUACGCCCAGCGGCCGUCGCCCCGACGACCACAACGCCGUGUUCACGGGGAACCUGGACGACCACUUCAGGAUCGGCCUGUCUCUGAUCCGGGGGAGCCUGCGUCUGUACUCUCCCUUCUACUCCUCUGACGUGGUGCUGGCCUCCCCCCUGGGGCUGCGCACCGUGCUGGGGGCGGAGGGAGAGAGGAGGAGGGACUACGACUUCCUGUCCUCCAUCGAGCUGCUGGUGCUGGACCAGGCCCACGUCUGCCUCAUGCAGAACUGGGAGCAUGUGCUGCCCCCAAGUCCCGAACAGUCUGAUGCUGAGGCUGAUGAGGAAGAGGAGGAGGAAGAGGAGGAGCAGAAAACAGCCUAUCAGAAGCUUCUCUCAACUCUGAGUGAAGCCCAGAGUGAAGAAGAGGAGAGCAGUGAGGAGGAAGAGGAGGAGGAGGAGGAGCUUAUCGAAGAAGAAGAUGGAGAAGGGAGUGACGAUGGAGCUGAAGAAGAGGAGGCACCAGAUGAGGAAGAGGGAGUAGAAGAAGAAGAGGGAGUACAAGAAGAGGAAGGAGUAGAAGCAGAAGAGGAGGGAGGGGAUGAAUUUGUGGACAAGGAGCAUGAGGCUGACUUCUGUCUGGAGACUAAUUUCACAGAACCGGAGGAACAUCAGGAGGAAUCUGAAGACACAACAGACACAUUUUUCCAACAUUUGGACACAGAGCUGAGUGAGGAGGAUGUAGAAAAGAUCUCAUCUGGAUCCAAGUCUAAGACCCAGAUAGAGGUAUGA